CACUUCCCCCUGAUUGGCUGAUGCCUUUUCUCCCUCUGGCCUAGCGCUUUAGGGCAUCCUUUGCUUACCAGAGCGGAUUGUUCAGUCGCUUGCGUUUUAAUUGGCCAAGGCUUCUUGUGCCUGCGUCCUGAUUGGAUGUAGUGGGGGUGGCUCCUUGCCCUGGGUGAUGCUGAGAUCCCUUCUUACAGCAAAUGAAAAUGUCUGAGGAGAUUUUUUGAUUGGUGGCGAGAGCUUGUGAUCCAGCCCGUUUUCUUUCCCCAUGCAGGUUGCAUAUAACCUGAGGUAACUUCAUCUAGAAACAUGAAACAUAAUCAGAGCUGCUGUCAGACACCUCCCAGUGUCACUGUUCGUAUAAAAUCAAGUGCAUCCAGAUCAUAUCAACAAAAAAAAGCUCUUAGCCUUAAACGACCGAAAUUUAAAGAUAGCCAGGAGACCUAUGGGGAAAACAUCAAUAAUAAUAAGCCAAAACGGCCAAAAGGUUCAUGUCUUGUAAUUCAGCGUCAGGAAAUGACAGCUUUCUUUAAGCUAUUUGAUGAUGACUUAAUUCAAGAUUUCUUGUGGAUGGAUUGUUGCUGUAAAAUUUCAGACAAGUACCUUUUGGCAAUGACUUUUGUUUAUUUCAAGCGAGCUGGCUACAGUAUAAACGAACACACCAGGCUUAAUUUCUUUGUAGCUCUGUACCUGGCAAAUACAGUUGAAGAAGAUGAUGAAGAGUCAAAAUAUGAGAUUUUCCCAUGGGCUUUAGGAAAAUCCUGGAGAAAGCUUUUCCCUGAUUUCUUAAUUCGAAGGGAUGAACUCUGGAGCAAGAUGGAUUAUAGGGCUAUUGUAAGCAGACGCUGCUGUGAGGAGGUUAUUGCUAUAGCUUCAACACAUUAUAUAUGGCAGCGGGAGCGUUCUAUUCAUCAUAGUGGAGCUACAAGAAACAAUAGCAGAGAUGGAGUACAGUUUCCUCGAGGACCUAAUGCCACACCUACAGACUGUUUGCUUUGUGGGAAAAAGACAAGAUAUAUACGGUUGGGAUUAUCCUCCUCUUCCUCCAAUGGUACACUGGAAAUGAUGGAACAACAUAUACCUUGGGGAUUGCAUGACUCUCUUCCAGCUGAUAAAAUACCUGAGCCAUCUCUGCACUGUUAUUCACAAGAUUGCAAACAUCUACCCAACAAAGGAAGAAAAAGUAGCUGCACAUGUCAAGAUAAAGCAAUGGCCUGGUUUACUGUAAAUGAAGAAUAAAAAAAAACCACACUUCAGCCAACAACUUUAGAAAUUAUCAGGAAGCACAAUUAAUUGUCGGAAGGCAAUACAUUUCACAAUAUAUGUUUUAUUCUUUUAAGUUUUAUAUUUCACUGAAACUUUUAGUAUCAAAAAUGUUGUCAACAUAAAUCAAAGUUGUGGAUUCCUAAAUUGCAUAAACAACAAUGAUAUAAUUUACAAUUUUUAUCCUGGUGAAGUGCAAUCUUCAAAUUAGCAUAUACCAUUCGAAGUAGUAUUUGGAUAUGCCGGGUUAUAUUUCCGCAGCUUGACAAGAAAGGCUAGUUUGGAAGGAAAAUAAAACACCAGCAUUAGUGAUACAACACAUAAGUAGCCUGAAAGCAUAAGUAUUUAUUCAUUAAUUCCAUUUUUCUUUGAAAAAGUAAUAGUGCUUAUGAAAAAUAGUAAUAAAUGUAUAGCUUAUAAAACAUUUGCCAAGCCAUUCUUACCUGUGUGCCCCACUUGCCAAGAGUAAGGUCUAGCAAUAUAUGGUGGUUUUGUCUCAUCAGAAAUGAGAGCUGUUAAAAUAAAAUUUAGAAAGUUGUUCUCCAACACUCUUAA